AUGUUAAGUGAUGAUGUUGUUGAUGUGUAUUUAAAGUUGUUCAUGCUCUUGUAUGCUGAUGACACAGUAAUCUUGGCGGAAAGUACCUCUGAUUUACAAUUAGCUUUAGAUGCGAUGUCUCAUUAUUGUGAAACCUGGUGUUUAAAAGUUAAUACGAACAAGACUAAAGUUGUUGCUUUUGCAAAAUCCAAAAGAGGUUUCAAUAAUCUACCUUCUUUUGUUUUUGAAAGUAACGAACUUGAAUUUGUAGAUUAUUUUUCCUAUCUUGGUACUAAAUUUUCUUAUAAUGGUAGGUUUGAUGUAAAUAAAAAAGAUAUUGUUGAUCAAGAUCGUAAAGCAAUGUUUGCUGUGAUUUCAAAAAGUCGCAAGCUCAACUUACCAGUUGACAUGCAGCUAAGUUUAUUUGAUACGAUGGUUGCCCCUAUUCUCAUGUAUGGGUCUGAAGUUGUUGUAAGAGGGAAGAUUGUAUACACAAAGUUCAAAUGGGCGGCAAAUCAGUUUAGUGAAAGGAUAGUAGAAGAGCUACAAGAGAAAGUCUCUCCCAACGCACGCGUUCUUGUCUUCUAUAUAGACAAAUCGACUCACGAGCUGGUCGCAGACUCCGUCAAAUUUGACGUAAACAAGAAAUGCCGUGGUGAAGGGUUGAAGCUUAAGACGCAAGUAGAAGUGAGACCUGAUAGUUCUGAAAGGAUUACCGUGACAGGAUCUCCAUUUAUGUGGGUCGGAUUCAGUGUCAUAGACAAAGCCCUCUUCUUACUCAACGACAACAAUGUUUUAAAGAAAGACAAGAUGUUCGAUUUUCUCGAAGCCCAUGACCUGGGAUGUGGAGAGGGUGGUGGAAGGACUAGUGCUGAUGUUUUCAAGAAGUCUGGGUUGACAAUUUUAACAAAUGCAGCUGUAGACGACAGUGAUCUUGUUCGGUACUCGGAUAGGUGUGAGGGAAAGAAGAGAAAGAAGCGUGACAACGGAGAGACAUCUCAUGUUGUAAAAAGGUCAUUGUACGAAGAAAGUGAAUAUAUAUCAGACCUUAAAUUGCUGGCAGAAAAUGUAGUCAGACCACGAAUUAGAUCAGAUGUUCGGGAAUCGUGGUUUUUUGAAACUACUCAGCUUGAUAUAAAUGGACAGAGGCUGGAAAUACUCAUUUUUCCGGACUCGAUUACUGAGUGGAUGAUUCAAGCUGUGGGUAUCACGCCAGACAAAGGCUUGUGUAUAGCUGAUGCAAUCGACGUGAAAGCCUUUAAAAGCUUUUUCAUACAACUUGACGUUCCAUACAAGGCAGUCCGCCUGAAAAAAAUUGACAUGAAAGCAACAAUUUUUAGCUACAGAAAUCAUUUUCUUUCUAAAGACAAAACGGCCAAUAUUUAUUUCGAAGGUGCAGAACACGUAUGCUCCAACAACAAGCCAGGAUUGCCAUCCUCUAGAAUACAGGUUAAGUUAGCUCCAAAUAGCUUUGAAACUGUGAAUUUUCCUAUAAUUCCGCUACGUUUCGGAUUGUUUCCAAUACGAGUAACCGCUGUUGUUACUGAAGCUGGUAUCCCAGAAUUUGAUAUAGUUGAAAAGAAAUUAUUCGUUGUGAAUGAAGGUGUAGAAGAACAGAUUACUAUAAAUGUUUGCUUAGAUCUUUGGAACCAGACGGAUGACUGCAAAAAUGACGAGCGAGUGAUUAGCGAUUAUCAUUCAAGUAUAGGAACAUUGCUCCAAGUGGAUCUUACACUUCCAGAAGCAAGUAUCCCACAUACAGGAGCAGCUACCGCGUAUAUACAAAGUAACAGAAUGGAUAAUGUUGUAAAUACAAUGAUAGAGGAUGUCGCCUCUCUGAUUAAAGAACCGUCAGGGAGCGGUGAACAAAUAAUGUCCAGACUUGCUCCAACAGUAUAUGCUAUGAGAUAUUUGAAAGAAACAAAUCAGAUGACAAGAGAACUAGACAUUAAGGGGAACCAAUGGAUUAGGGACGGUGUGAGUGCCGAGAUAUCUGAGUAUCGACAAAAUGACGGAUCUUAUGCAGCAUGGCGAUACCGAAAACCAAGUACCUGGUUAACAGCAUUUGUGGCUAAAGUAUUUUGCAAAGCAAGAUCAGUAGUGGACGAUGCAGUUGACGAACAAGAGGAUAUUAAAAUAACAAUUAAUUGGCUGCAAAAUCACGUGGAGUAUGACGGGUCAUUUGUUGACAAUAUGCCAGUGUUGGAUCGAGGAAUGAUGGGUCAAACCGGGGUUAGCGAUCCAUCUCUCACCGCCUUUGUAUUGGUAUCUAUAUUGGAAUGUAACAUGUUGAGUUACAAAAGCGAAACCGUUCGAAAAGCAACCCAAUACCUAGAACGAGUAUCAGAAAAACUGUUGAAGAAUAACCCUUACUUAUUGGCAAUAAGUACAUACGCUUUGGCUUUGGCCACCAGCAAGGAGGCAUACAGAUUCAAAGGUUAUUUACACGAUAUACAAUACAGAGACGAAAAAGAUAUGUAUUGGGGAUAUGCUGGUGUCAGGCCUGAAAGUGCUCAGUCUGUUGAAACAACAUCAUAUGCACUUCUUGCUAUGAUUAAAUUCGGUGACUUCAAAAGUAGUGCGUUUAUUGUUCAAUGGCUAACGUCACAAAGAGAAGCAAGAGGGUCAUUUAGUUCGACUCAGGUAUUUUUCAAUAUUACGAUUUCCGUUAUGUUGUAUAGAGAGUGUUCCUGUUCCUAGUCGUGUUCCCUA